AAAGGCGUGGAAUUGGUGGAGGCAGUCAGUGGCUCGCCGCGCGCCACAACGACCGUCACAUCUAGCCGUUCAGUUUUUCCACUUGUUACCGUAUCGUGUGUAUCCCUUACUCCGUUCUCUUCUCUUCUCUUCUCUUCUCUUCUCCUCCUCCGUUUUUUACUUUUCUCUCCUCCCCAUUUUUUUCUCUUCUUUCUAUUCUCCACUCUUCCCUCACCCUGUGUACUACACGCGCGUGCAUCACGCGCGCACAAAGGAUCCCGCGAAACCCUCGAUUCUCCGGGAUAGUGAUCUGUGAUCAAGUGCCUCCGCCCGGCCGAUCUUGAUGCAUAGUGCUUUGGAAAAUGAAUGCGUUGGUUACAGUGUGAUAAUAACGAAACACCGCACGACGCGAAUGUUCGAGUAACGAUAGAUCGUGAUUGUGAGUGGAGAGGAAAAAGGAUAAAGAAAAGGAAGGAGAAAAGUGAAAUAUAUCGUUCCUUCGGUUGUUUCGCUUGUUGGAGAAAUGUGACGAACACUUCGGUUCUUUUAUUUCUUUAGUUUCUUCUGUGAUUUAUGUGGAAUAAUAAACCGAUGUGAAACACUGUUCGCACGAUACAGGUUUUUCGACUCGAGAAAGUUUCGUGGAAAUUUUUCUCCCAUGCAUCGGAGAUUAUCCUGGAAAGGUGUGUGCAUGUCUCGCGUGCGCGAGGCCGGGUGAAGAAUAGAAGCGUUAGGCGUUUCGUGUGACCGAAAGUGUAGCAUGGCUUAAUCCGAAAAAUUAUAAUUGCAGAUCCGCGACUUGUGCACACUUUUGUGCACGGCUGUGUAUUUUGAAUACAUUAUACAAAUUGAACGUUGCACGAGUCUUUUCCCUAUGAAAUUUCAUAACUUGUACUCGCGCCUGCUUCUUCUUCGGCUCCUUUCAAACUUUUCCAUUUUUUUUUUUUUUUCUUUUUAAGUUUAAAGCGUGCCGACCACUUGUCCCGAGUGAAAUCGCGAGCUUUUUUUCGCGCACGGGAAAAGUUUGUUAAAAAACGCCUCGUUUCGUUCGGUUCAAACACGAUAAAUUUCACCGAUGCCAAUUACGCGACUCUGUGAGCGUGGUGACGAAAGAAAAAUAGAAAAAAAAUGGAAUGAAUAUCGAACAGUGAGACCAAUUCGUACGAGAUCAAUCUAUCUGAUCACGAGACGCGAUUAAUCUUGGCGAGAAGUUCUUUUUCCACGAAUUUCCCGGAUCACGCCAACACGUUAAUGUUAAUUAUCAUCGCGAGAUUUUUCCUCGAAUCGAACACCACGAUCUCACGUUCGUACAGGAAGAGAGAGAGAGAGAGAAAGCAUUUACAUCCAGCUGUAACAUCUGUUUACGUGACCAGUGUGACUCGUGAACAAGCUCCCCACGGAUGUGGCACUCAGUGGUGUGAAUUUUCGAAGGAUGUGUUGCAGUAUGCCCGCCGUCGAGGCGGCGAGGAGGAGGAGGAGGAGGCACGCUCUCUAAUCUGGAUUAACAAGGGUGCGAUUAUACGCGGCGCAUUUGGAGAUUCGUUCACACGCCAUAUUUUCGCGUCGCGUUUCAACCCGUCGCUCCAACGGGCUCCUCCCGUUCCCGUUUUGUGGAAACGACGCGUUCAUCCGUGAACGAUCGGCCGUGAAGCUCCGGGAGCAUGGAUUAAUUCACGGGGAUCGACGUCGGUGCAUCUCGUAAUAUCGUUGUAUGAAUUUCAAUUCUUUCUUUCUUUCUUUUUCUUUCGUUUCGUUCUCUGUAUUCAUCAGAAAGAGCUUUCUCUCUUUCGCUGAAAGAAGUGAAAAAAAAAAAAAAAAGUGAACGACGCUCGAGUUCCGUUCUCGUCCACGAUCUUGGGAUAAUAAUGUUGGAAGGAAGGGGCGAUCGGUCGUUUUGUUCGCCUGUUCUGUUUCCCGCUUGAUGAAUCUCCAUCCGGACUUCAAAGAAGAUAUCCAGGAGUUUUACGAGCUGACGUUGCUCGAUGAGUCGAAAUCGGUGCAGCAGAAAACGGCGGAGACGAUCCGCAUCGCCGACAAAUGGGAAGCCAGCGAUGGGCCAAUUACGCCGACCUUCGCUCAAAAUGACGGUGGUCCAGACUUCCCGGUGAACCAGACUCUGUCGAACAUUUAUGGCCGUAAGUCGGCCAGUCCAGAGGCUCCAGACCACGUAGACGAAACUCAGAAGACCCGUUACGCUGGUGGAGGAGUAGAGGAGCAGCUGCCACCACCGCCGUCGCCACCCCAGUUGAAAGAGGCCAGCCAGCUGGAUGGAGUUCCUAGACCGAAUUCGGUCGAUCGUAUCCUACAUCCCGACGGUAGCCAGCAUAUCCUAACUAGCCACGAUACUCUGAACAAGAGUCACGACAGCUGGCAAGGACACGACGGAGACCAGGCACACACGCCCCUACUUGCGGCUGACACGAGACAUGUCAACGGAGACGAUGACUGGGAGUACGAGGAGAUCGUGCUCGAAAGGGGUGGCGCCGGGCUUGGUUUCAGCAUCGCUGGGGGCACGGACAAUCCACACUUCGGCAACGACACUGCUAUUUACAUCACGAAACUUAUACUCGGCGGUGCCGCGUCCGCUGACGGCCGUUUACGCGUCAACGACACGAUACUCCAGGUGAACGACGUUUCCGUAGUCGACGUACCGCACGCGGCUGCCGUCGACGCGCUUAAACGGGCGGGGAACACCGUUAAACUAUACGUGCGCCGACGGAGACACACGCAGCUGAUCGAAAUCGAGCUAAUUAAGGGUAACAAGGGACUCGGUUUCAGUAUCGCCGGUGGUAUCGGCAAUCAGCAUAUACCUGGCGACAAUGGGAUCUACGUAACGAAAAUUAUGGAGGGCGGUGCCGCACAAGUGGAUGGCCGUCUUGUCGUUGGGGACAAAUUGGUGGCCGUCAGGAAUGCUCUGCAGGGCGACAAGAACCUGGAGAACGUGACGCACGAGGAAGCGGUGGCGACGCUCAAGGCGACCCAGGAUCGCGUGGUUCUUCUCGUGGCGAAACCGGAAACCGGAAUCGUGCCGCCGCCGCCACCCCCAAUAGCCUCGGACAAUUCGCUCUCGCCGCAACCACGAAAACAAAAUGGUUCCGUGUCAGCGCUGGAGAACAACUCGACGCUGCCGUAUUCACAGGAAUCACGUCACGCGUCUUCUCUUGCUCUCCAUGGAGCGGCCACGCCACGAGCAGUUUCUCAGGAGGACGUAUCACGAGAGGUACGUACAGUCGUGCUCAACAAAGGCUCCUCCGGACUGGGUUUCAAUAUCGUCGGUGGCGAAGAUGGCGAGGGAAUUUUUAUUUCCUUCAUCCUAGCCGGAGGCCCGGCCGAUCUCAGCGGUGAGCUACGUCGUGGCGAUCAGAUACUCAGUGUCAAUGGCAUUAAUCUUCGGACAGCCACCCAUGAAGAGGCCGCCGCGGCCCUCAAGGGCACCGGGCAGACAGUGACGAUCGUGGUACAGUACAAGCCCGAAGACUACAACAGAUUCGAGGCGAAGAUCCACGAUCUUAAACAGCAGAUCUCUCAACAGAAUUUGAUGACAGGCACCCUAAUGAGGACUUCGCAAAAGAAAUCGCUUUACGUUAGAGCGUUGUUCGAUUACGAUCCUAACAAGGACGACGGUUUGCCGAGCCGUGGUUUGGCAUUCCGUUACGGUGAAAUCCUACACGUGACGAAUGCCAGCGACGACGAAUGGUGGCAAGCCAGAAGAGUGACUCCUCAGGGCGAGGAGGAGGGCCUCGGCAUAAUACCGUCGCGCAGGCGAUGGGAACGGAAGCAACGCGCCAGAGAUCGUUCCGUCAAGUUCCAAGGCCACAUGCCGGUCAUCCUCGACAAGCAAUCGACACUGGAUAGAAAAAAGAAGAACUUCUCGUUCAGCAGGAAGUUCCCGUUCAUGAAGAGCAAGGACGAUAAAUCCGAGGACGGUUCGGACCAGGAACGGUCGCCCACGACACCCGAGAACGAAAACGAUCCUACACCAUUCAUGCUGUGCUACACCCAGGACGACACUAACACCGAAGGGAGUAGAGAAAUUUUAUAUCGCGUCGAACUGCCUUAUAUGGAGGAACUGACGUUAGUUUAUCUGGAAAAGGAGGACGAUGACAAUAAUGACGAGUUUAGCAGCGAAGAAAACGUGCUGUCGUACGAGGCAGUCCAGCAGCUCACCAUACAGUACACACGACCUGUCAUUAUCCUCGGUCCUCUCAAGGAUCGCAUCAACGACGAUCUCAUCUCGGAAUUCCCCGACAAAUUCGGCAGCUGUGUGCCACAUACAACGAGGAGUAGAAGAGAGUACGAAGUGGAUGGACGUGAUUAUCAUUUCGUCGCAUCUAGGGAACAGAUGGAGAGGGACAUUCAAAAUCACUUGUUCAUAGAGGCCGGACAGUACAAUGACAAUCUUUAUGGCACGUCUGUGGCAUCCGUGCGAGAAGUCGCUGAAAAAGGAAAACACUGUAUUCUUGACGUGAGUGGAAACGCCAUCAAGAGGUUACAAGUGGCGCAGCUGUAUCCUAUCGCCAUCUUCAUUAAACCAAAAUCCGUGGAAUCAGUUAUGGAAAUGAACAAGAGGAUGACCGAAGAACAAGCGAAAAAAACGUAUGAACGAGCACUGAAAAUGGAGCAAGAGUUUGGAGAAUACUUUACUGCCGUGGUGCAAGGCGACACACCGGAGGAGAUCUACGUGAAGGUGAAGGAGGUGAUAGCCGAGCAAUCAGGCCCGAACAUUUGGGUACCGUGCAGAGACCAGCAACUGUGACGUCCUGCCCCCCACGCUCAGCCCGGUCCAAACGCUUGGACCCUACCUCCGAGGCGUCAAGCUUAAUUACUCUUAAUAAAAAAAAAUAACCGAGUAACUCUCUAAUGCCUUCCCCGUUCCCACCAUCCUGAAACCCGUCCCACCUCACUCCACCCCCUAUUGCCCUGUUUCACACCCAAUCGAGUAGCACAAUGUCCCAGUUAAGGCGUUAGCCGCGCACCAAGCUCGUCGAAAAGAAAAGACUUUGUAUCGUGUAAACGCUGAAAGUAACGAGAGGAGGAAUAAUAAUAAUGCCCGCAAGCUUCACUGGGAGGCGAUUAUUAGGAUUAAGGAGAGGAUUAAAGAAAGAAUAAUAAUAGUAAUAUUAAUAAUAAUAAUGGAGUAUGUUUUCGAAGAAGAAUAUUCAGAGUCUCUCUCCGCCGAGUCGUUCACGCCGUGAAUUAAAAAUGUUUCAUUGUUAAUCGAUAAAAUUAUUGUUGAUAAAACGAUAAAACGAAGGCGUGUUCUAUAAUUGUUAUCCGUUUCGAUGAGAGAGAGAGAUCUGAAUAUUUACGUUUUUAAGAAAGAUUGUUAGGCAGAGAAGAUACAUACAUACAUGUUAUAGCGUUAAUAUCAGAAGUAUUUCGUCGUAUCACGAAUGUUUUCUCAUGGUUUCCAUGUGACGAGUGGAUUUGUUGAGUAAAAUGUGAAAACAGCAUUUGUCGUGUAUGCGUAUAUCUUCGCGUUGAAUUUUCUCACUGUGUUGGGACGUCACGAACGAAUACACGAUAUUUCGAUUAUUGAUUCUCCUUAUUGCGACGAAAAUAUUGAACACGUAGUCGUUUUAUAUAACGCUAAAUAUUUAUCCUGGUUUUCGUUAUAUAUAAAAUCAAAAGAGUAUAACGAUCGUGUAUUCGUAAUCAGAGAUGAUUUUAAUGUAUUGACGACAACUCGACUCGGCACGACGAAGCCGACACGUUGAGGAGUUUUACUGAAAGACUCGCGUCGCAGUUUCUUCUUCGACUGAACUUCGCGAACUGCGAUGCGUCAUGUGUAUGUUACAUUGUAUGUAUACAACAGUUCACAGUUUUGGAAAUAUGAUGAGAGAGAGAGAAAAAGAAAGACGAAUAACAAAUGAACGAUCGACACUCGGUUGAACACGAAAAUGAAGAACGAGCGACAAAACGAAAAUAAAAUAAAGUAAAAUAAAAUUAAAAAAAGAUAAUAGAUGUUUAAGAUAGAUAUUCGUCGCGAUUGUUUGUAAGACGCGCACAGCACGUUAGACGCUUAUAAACAAAGAAUUUUUUCACGCGCAAAUCGCGACGAUUAAACGAGACAAUGAAACGAGACAAAGUACGAGAUACGCUGAGAAAAUAAAGUAAACGGAAAUAAUAAAAAAGAAAAAAAAAAUCAAUAAAAAAAUAAUACUUGGCUUCACCGAACAUAUUAAUAUAUGUAUAGCUUGGUCCGGUUAAUUCUGAGCGAAGUAGCGCGGUAUUUUUUAAUGUACUUAAUCGCAAUAAAAAGCGAACAAGAGACAGAGGAGGGAAUCGGGAAGAUUCGUUGCCUGACAAAGCGAAACUCGUACGUAAAAUGUACUAGCAGGACAAAAUGGAAAGAUAUAAUAUAAAGGGAAACUAGAAAAGCGAGAAUUAAAAUUUUUGUGAGAGAAAGAAAGAGAAAAUAGAAAGGAAAAGACAAAGUAGAGAAAAAGAACAAGAUUCAGACGCAUGUUACGAACCUCACGAUUCAUCAAACCUCACAGGACAAAUCUCUAGAUGCUAGAAUAGCGAUAUAUAAUGUUUUGUACAGCUAGAUUACUAAGCCAGUACUGGGUUAUGUGCAACAUUAUAUAUAUAUAUACAUAUAAAUAUAUAUAUAUAUAUAUAAAUAGAGAACGCGCGCGAGAGAAAGGGAGAAACGAGAUCGCGAGGAGAAAAAGAAUGAACGCUAUUGUAAUUUAAAUACCACUACUAAAUUAUUAUUACGAUAUAGUAGGUAUAUAUAUAUAUAUAUUAUUGUAAAUACCUAUACCCGAGAUAAUCGAGAUGGUAUAUGGUGGUAGCGUGAAACCAUGGACGAAGUUCGGUCGUAGUAUUUUCUUGAUCGUGUCGAGCCACAGAUGUAUGAUGUAACGACGUUUGUAUUAAAUUCGAUGCAAAGAGAGAACCGUUACUUUUGCAUUUCGCUUUCUACGAUUGGUCUAUGCCAAUCCAUAGAAAACUGAAUGCGUAUACAUGCGUGUACAGAUGAAGGAAAAAUGGACGGGUUUUUAAGACAAUAUCGCAAAGAAUCGCACUGUGUAACAUCGUGAAGAAAAGAAAUACGUAUCACCUUGACGAUAAAUACAAAACAAAAAGGUUUCACUCCACCCAAGACCAACGAAAAUGCCUCGUAUCGAACCACUUUCACAAUGGCGGUUGGAUAACGAAAAAUAUCACGAGAAAACAAAUCAUGUCGGCAUCUUUUCGAUCACAUCAUGUCGUCGCGUUGAAUCGAUAGAUUUGGUAUAGACGAGGGAAUGCGAUAUAAUCGAGAUAAUUGCUCGUCGAUUACAUACAGUACUUAUACGAGUGAAUAGAAGAAACCGUGGAAAAUAUAGAAAAGAGAAUCGUAUCAAGGGUUACGAGACAAUGAAACAAAGAAAGGUUAGAAAACGCGAGAAGAAUUUAUACGUACAACUGCGUAUCGUCGCAAUGGUUAUUAACCUACUAACCACUUGUUUCGACAGUCAUCGAUCGUGCAGCGAUUAUCGAAUCGUUUCGCCAUCGUCGAUUGCUCGAUUUCCUUCGAUUUGACGAGUGGAAGAAUCCAUUUUUGUGUUCUUCGUUUUCUUUUUUCGUUUAUUCGUAGAAUGUGUCGAGCGAUAUUUACGACAUACCGGUUGAUCGGGUAUAAUAAUUAUCAUGGGUACGCUUUCUACGAGCUAUUUUUCCUACGACAAAUCCUGUGUUUAGAAUCGUUAACGCAACAGCACGUUAUUUACGAAAGAAAACGAUACGAAGAGUGAAUGAAUAAAUAAUGGAGUCGUAUUAUUGAUAGUUGAAGAAUGAAAAUCGACGAGAAAUCGUUGUCAUAUAAUAAUAUUAUCGCACAGGUUGUGCCUGAAGAGAAAAGGGGAUCGGAAAUGAGCUAGGAUUCGCCGAAAGUUAAAUCGAGAAAAUCUUGAAAAGGAGAUGAUGGGAAAAAAGACGUCUGUCUCGAUGUAAAGGAACGUAUAAAGAGAAUAAUUACUACAGACACUUAUUAUACACCUCUAUAGUCUAUUUAAUAAUAUUACUUAUUGAAUUGUCAAUCUCAUGUUUCACCUUGUUUCAUCGUUUUUAAAUAGUUAAUAAACGUUUUACCAAUUUUAAA